AAAAUGGAUUAUUACUAUAGUGAUGAUCAAAGUAAUGAUGCUGAUAGUUUGAUAAUGGCACCUAAGAUAAAUGUAGACUACAAUUUUCAUGAGAAAGAAAGUUUCCCCUCUGUCAGGAAAUCAGUAGACUUCAGCAACGAAUAUAUAGUUCAAAACAUUGUUGAUAGUCCGAAGAAGAUGCCUAAAAAGCAGAAAGUGAGCCUUUCUCUUUCUACCGCCACUUUGCCAGCAAAGCUACUAUAUAGGCGCUUUUCGCCGAGCAUAAUCAACAAAUGCUAUAACAAUCCGAAAUCUGUAAAAUCUUCCAAAUAAAUUCACUCAAAAAUCAUUAUCAUCUGGGCGUGGACCCUCAUUCAAAGACUACAAGCUGCCAAAGACGAUUGUAAAGUUCAAUUUUUCAAUUUCAACUACAACAAAAUCCUGUGGGAGAAAGUCUCAUUUUGAGGAAUUCGCGAAGAAAUAAGACUCAGGUUUUUACUCCAAGCAAGCUGAAUAUCCACCAGGCGUGGGAACUCCUCAAGUCUAAAUAAAGGUAUCCCAGGUGCGAAGAGGAGCACCUUGAUCGAUGAGAUUAUCAAGCGCAGUAAGGAAAUCACCACUCCUGUGAGGUAUGGAAUGAAGCAUAGAAUCAAGGUCAAUGGAGUUUCACAAAAUAAAGCCCCAAAGCAUGGGUACUUUGAUGAUAAACUCACCAAUGCAUAUAAGACUCCAGGGGUUAGGUCUAGGUACGAUUCUGAUAAAUACAGGCGGAAUUUCUCAUCAUUAGCUCAAUUUGGCCGUCUAUCUCGCAAGAUAAAGACUCUUAAAUAAUAUUGAAACAUUUCAACGUAAGGAUAUAAGAUAG